AUGUCCGAUCGCCGCGGUAGACGACGCAGUGAUUACGACAACCGCGAUUACUACGACAACCGCCCAUACUACGACGACGGCGGGCACUAUUCGUACGACAACCAGGAUUCUUAUGAUGACUACGAGCCUCGUCACCAUCACCGUCCCCGGCCGCAGCCGACCCGCCAACGCUCUCUCGGCCGCCAAGCCCUCGACAAACUCCAAAGCGCCAUAGGGGGUCUCGUGUCAGACAACAAAAACACCAAACCCACCCCCCACCGCGCUCGCUCCCGCUCCCGUUCCCGCUCCCGCUCCCGCUCCAGCUCACGAUCGCGCUCCUCCUCCAGAACAAGACACCACUCCCGCUCCCCCCCACACCGCGGAAGCAGCCACCACCACAGCCACUCCAACCACUCCCGGGACCGCUCCCGCUCGCGCGACCGCUACUACCCACCCUCCGCCUCCCAACGCCGCCGCGGCCGCCGCGACCGCCGCGACAGCACCUCCGGGACCGGGACCGGGCACCACGGCGCGCCGGGAUCGUCGGAGCGCAGCCGCAGCCGCUGGGAGCGGGGCAUUAAGGCGGCGAUGGAGGCGGGCGCGGCCGAGGCGUUCCGGCUGCGCAAGGAGCCCGGCCCAUGGACGGGGGCUAAGGGCGGGCGGAUUGCGACGGCCGCGCUGAGUGCGGGGGUCAUUAGGGGGGUGGCGGCGGAUCAUGGACAUGGGAACCAUGGUGGUGGGGAUGAGGGCCGGUCGGGGGGUGGGAAGUUGGGGUCGUUGGCGUCCGCGGCGGGGGGGAUGAUGGUGAAUAGGCUGGUUAAUGGGUCGAGGAGGGAGGUGAGGAGGUGA